AUGCUUUGUAAUUCUUGGGGCCCCAAAUGUGAAAACAAACAUCAAAUACCUGAUAUAAAUUCAAUAUUAAUACUACCAUCGCCAUCAGCAAUUCAUCAUCAUCAAACUACUUUAAAAGGUUGUCAUUGUCGCUGUUUGCUCUGGAAUUUUUCAAAAUAUAAAGAUUUCAUUGCAACUGGAACUAAAUCAAAAAACUCUGUAGAAUCUCAAAAGACAUCACAGCCUAACACAAAUAAUAGUCAUGUCAGAACAUCAUCAAAAAACUAUAGUGCCAUUGUAGAUAGUCCGGUUGUUGACGAGAGUAAUUUACGUUCACUACAACUAAAACAUCUUUCAAAAAAUUUUAUUACACAAAAAGAUGGUCCUAUUUUUAGAUAUAACACGAUCGUUGCUUCUGGACUUAUUAGGGAUGAUGUUUUCCAGCGUAGUAUUAUAGAAAUACUUCAACAUUUACAGUGCGCGAAAAAAGUAAUGAGAAUAAAAUACACUGUAAUAAAACCCGAUUUUCUUCGCCAUAUUCAACUAGUUAAAGAAACCGGUUGUAUCACAGUUACUAUUGAUAAAAUAAUGGAAACUCAAAAGGUUACGUUGAAAAGCAACGAUGAGGUAGAGUUCACAGUUAAUGUGUUAGCUGCUAGUCGUUCCGUCUUGCUCAAAAAUAUGAUUGAAGACAUUGGAGACACCGAUCAAGUAAUUCCUCUUCCUAAUGUUAAAGAAACAGUGUUAAGGAAAGUGCUUGAAUGGUGUGAAUAUCAUGCAAAAGAUUCACAUUUAUUCGAUGACCAUGAUGAUGCUCAUAAGAAACUUAUUGAGAUUGAUGAUUGGGAUCAAAAAUAUUUGGAUUUGGAGCAUGAUAUGCUUUUUGAGAUUAUCUUGGCAGCAAAUUAUUUGGAUAUAAAACCAUUAUUGGAUAUUUCGUGUAAAAAUAUUGCAAAUAUGAUUAGAGAGAGGUCACCCGAGGAAAUAAGAUCUAUGUUCAAUAUACAGAAUGAUUUUACACAGGAAGAAGAAGAUCAAAUACGCAAAGAAAAUGAAUGGGCUGAAUGCAGAUAA